AGCAGCGUGCGCGACUGCAGGUGGUGGCCACAGGCUCUGGUAGCACGACACGGUCCCCCCCACAACCACCACCCGGCCCAACGCCUCCAACGACCUCCGUCCUCCGCCCAAAAUACUCCGCUCGCUCUCCCUGUUCCUGUUUCUCGGUGUUGCCCCCUCGGCUCGGCCCUCGUCGGCGGACUCUGCUGCUCCUCAUGGCGCCGUCCUCCUCCUCCCCGUCCUCGUUGUCGUCGUCGGGCGGCUCCCACGCGGGCCUCGCCAUCGCGGCCACCGCCAUGGCGCUCUCCGGCACGCUCGUCCUCUACUCCCUGUGCCGCGCCAAGCAGCCGCACCUGGUCCCCUCCGACGCCGCCCCGUCCCCUCGUCUCCGCCCGUGCCUCGCCUCGUCCGACAAGCGGAAGAAGAAGAAGCGGGAGAUGGCGCGGCGAGGGAAGAGCCAGCAGAAGCGGGUGCGCUUCGCGGACGACGUCGUGGACACCAAGGACAAUGGCGCCGCCAACGCCGCUGCCGCCGGGGCGGCGCGGGAGGAGGCGGAGGCGGAGGCCGAGCCGUCGUGCUGUACCGCGGCGCUGAGGACGACGCCCAUGCCGGCCAACCGGGAGGCGCUGUACCGCGGCAUGCUCCGCGGCCGGUCCAUGCUCAGGGUCACCUGCUCCUACUAGCUAAGCUAGCAGGGUAGCAGUAGCACCACCUGCCGGCGGCCCCCCGACGUAACCACUCCAUCAUCCAUUAAUCUAGACCUCUCCGACCUCCAGCAAGCUUGCUCCUCUCCGUGUCUCUUCUCUACUCUUGUGUGCGCGUGCUGUGCUGUGCUGCCAACUAGUGGCGGCGCUGCUAAUUAGUUGCCCGGAAUUAAUUAAUCGGGCCUAGAUAGCUCCCUCCCUCGCCCAUUUGUUUGCUGGGAAAGUUUUGUAAUUAGUGGCCGUCCCCGCGAGGCGAGGGAGCUGAUCCGUGCGUGCUUUACUGUUGAUGCUGUGUUGCUUGUAUGUAUGGUAGCUUCUUUGCUUGUACUACAUUAGUGUUGUACUGAGUGAUGAUGAUCAGUGAAACGAUUCUUCACUGUUCCAAGCUAA